CUUUUCUCUCUCUCUUUUCUAUAUUCAACUUUUUGCAGCUUGCAGGCAGGUUGGGUGCAGGGCUCCCUGUAUGGGGGACCUCACAGGGGGCUGCACCACUACCCUGGGGGGAUCUGUCUUCCUGGAUCUCAGGCUCCAGGGCUGGGGGUCACCCUAAAAAGAAGAGAACAACAAGCUCCUGCAUAGCCCCCCUCCCCCUAUAUCCACAGCUAGGCCCUGGAUCCAUCUGUAGGUUCUAGGGUGCACUGGGAGGGAUGCACCAGACAUGGGGGUGUUCCAGUCUGACUACUGAGACAGCUGCACCCCAAUCCGCCUGGGAUCCGGCUAUGGCAGGAAGGGGGGGCCCUGAACCCUGCUGAAGACUUCUCCGCCUGUCAAUCCCGGGGUCUCUGCCAUGAAGCUCCCCGGAUCCCCCUGUUUGUGGAGGUAUGGCCUCUUCCUUGUACACGUUCUCCUCCCACGGCCUCCCGUUGUCCUCCUUCUGUAGCGCAAAGAAGCCAAAGUUGGAAGUGCGCCCCACCUGGGAUAUGACCGGAUACGGCUGCCACAGCAAGGUCUACAACCCAGGCAAGAGCAGCUCCGCGUCCGGGGCAGCCGGUGCUCUCCCACACCUCCCUCCUCCAGGGCCUUACGAGCAGACGGUCAUCUUCCCCACCAGCGUGGGUCACAUAGUGGUGACCUCUUCUUCCAGUAGCGGCUCUUCGGCUGCACCGGCGGGCGGUCAAACGCUCGGCGGCCCUCAGACCAACCUGAUGCGUCGCAGCACGGUCAGCCUUCUGGACACGUACCAGAAGUGCGGCUUGAAGAGGAAGUGCGAGGAGCUGGACAACGGCAGCGUGCAGAUCGUAGACGAACAUCUUCCCAUGACCCAGAACAAUGCCAGCGGGGCCACGGCUGCGACCACCUCCACUGCCACCUCCAAGAACAGCGGCUCCAACAGCGAAGGAGACUACCAGCUGGUGCAGCACGAGGUCCUGUGCUCCAUGACCAACACCUACGAGGUGCUGGAGUUCCUGGGCCGCGGCACCUUCGGCCAAGUGGUCAAAUGCUGGAAACGGGGCACCAACGAGAUUGUGGCCAUCAAGAUCCUGAAGAACCACCCGUCCUACGCCCGGCAGGGGCAGAUAGAGGUCAGCAUACUGGCGCGGCUGAGCACGGAGAGCGCCGACGACUACAACUUCGUCCGGGCCUACGAGUGCUUCCAGCACAAGAACCACACCUGCCUGGUCUUCGAGAUGUUGGAGCAGAACCUCUACGACUUCCUGAAGCAGAACAAGUUCAGCCCGCUGCCGCUCAAGUACAUCCGGCCGGUGCUGCAGCAGGUGGGCACCGCGCUCAUGAAGCUCAAGAGCCUGGGCCUCAUCCACGCCGACCUCAAACCCGAGAACAUCAUGUUGGUUGACCCAUCCAGGCAGCCGUACCGGGUCAAAGUCAUCGACUUCGGUUCCGCCAGUCACGUGUCCAAAGCCGUGUGCUCCACCUACCUGCAGUCCAGAUAUUACAGGGCUCCGGAGAUUAUUCUGGGAUUACCGUUCUGUGAAGCCAUCGACAUGUGGUCUUUGGGGUGUGUGAUCGCCGAGCUGUUUCUAGGGUGGCCCCUGUAUCCUGGGGCCUCCGAGUACGAUCAGAUCCGAUACAUCUCCCAGACUCAGGGUCUUCCUGCCGAAUAUCUCCUCAGCUCCGGGACGAAGACCACCAGAUUCUUCAAUCGGGAUGGAGACUCUCCGUAUCCUCUGUGGAGACUUAAGACGCCUGAUGACCAUGAGUCCGAGACCGGCAUCAAAUCUAAGGAGGCCAGAAAGUACAUCUUCAACUGCUUGGAUGACAUGGCACAGGUGAACAUGACGUCUGAUCUGGAAGGCAGUGACCUGCUGGUGGAGAAGGCGGACAGGCGAGAGUUCAUCGACCUGCUAAAGAAGAUGCUGACCAUCGACGCAGAUAAGAGAAUAACUCCCAUCGAGACCCUCAACCAUCCAUUUGUCACCAUGACCCAUCUCCUGGACUUCCCACACAGUUCACACGUUAAGUCUUGCUUCCAGAAUAUGGAGAUCUGCAAGAGACGGGUGAAUAUGUACGACACUGUGAACCACAGCAAGACGCCAUUCAUCACCCACGUGGCCCCCAGCACCUCCACCAACCUCACCAUGACGUUCAGCAACCAGCUGAAUACUGUGCACAGCCAGCCCUCCGCGGCCUCUAUGGCGGCCGUCGCCCAGCGGAGCAUGCCCCUCCAGACUGGAGCCACGCAGAUCUGUGCCCGGCCAGACCCCUUCCAGCAGGCGCUAAUCGUCUGCCCUCCGGCCUUCCAAGGGCUACAGACCUCCCCUUCCAAACAUGGCGGCUACUCUGUGCGGAUGGAGAACACGGUCCCCCUGGUGACGCAGGCCGCCAGCGCACAAGCUCUGCAGAUCCAGCCCGGGUUGCUGACCCAGCAGGCGUGGCCCAGUGGCACCCAGCAGAUACUACUACCCCCAGCAUGGCAGCAGCUGGCAGGAGUGGCGGCACAUACGUCGGUCCAGCACGCCGCAGUCAUCCCAGAUAGCAUGACUGGCACCCAGCAGCUGGCAGACUGGAGAAACACUCACGCCCAUGGCGGUCACUAUAAUCCGAUCAUGCAGCAGCCGGCGCUCCUCGCGGGUCAUGUGACCUUACCCUCAGCGCAGCCGCUGAAUGUGGGUGUGGCUCACGUCAUGAGACAACAGCCAACAAGCAGUGCUUCCUCCUCCUUCCGCAAAAAGCAGCAUCACUCGGCAGUAAGAAAUAGUUCCUCCUACGAGGUGUCGUCCAGCCAGUCGCACAGUUCCCCCCAGCGUUCCAAACGGGUAAAGGAGAACACGCCCCCUCGCUGUUCUGUUCCACAGAACUCCGCUCCGUGCGGCCCCUCCAUUACCUGCGGCUGGGGUGAGAGCUCGGUGGGUCCCUCGCGGGUCGACCAUCAGCGGCAAACGAUCGUCAUCCCGGACACUCCCAGCCCGGCGGUCAGCGUCAUCACCAUCAGCAGCGACACCGACGAAGAGGAGGAGCAGAAACACGUGGCCCCAAGCCUCCCCAAGCAGCGCCGGAACGUUAUCAGCUGCGUCACGGUGCACGAUUCUCCGAUCUCCGAUUCUUCAAGCAACACCAGCCCCUACACUGCCAGUGGGCAAAAACGCACGUCCAAUACCGCUGCCCAUGAGACCAAAUGCCAGCCGGAUCUCCCCUGCUCUACAAACUCCCGCACAAUCAUUGUGCCACCUCUGAAGACCCAACCCAGCGAGGGGCGACUGGAAUGUGAGCGGAGGCAGCCGGAUACCACGAGUCACCACUCCUACAAACCCAAAUCCUCGUCCUCCACAGCGGCUUCCACUACACAUUCCUCCAGCAGCUCUACCACGUCAGCCACGUAUCGCCAGCCCAGAGCGGUGGGUCAUGCCUUCCAACAGCAGCCACUCAACCUCAGCCAGGUGUCUCAGCACAUUAGCACGGAACGGUCUGGAAGCCACCGGAGGCAGCAGGCCUACAUCACACCCACCCUCGCCCAGGCUCCCUACUCCUUCCCGCACAACAGUCCCAGCCACGGGGCGGUUCACCCUCACUUGGCGGCCACAGCCCACCUGCCCAGCCAGCCGCACCUCUACACCUACACCGCACCAGCUGCUUUGGGCUCCACUGGCACCGUGGCUCAUCUAGUGGCAUCUCAAGGAUCUGCCCGCCACACCGCCUAUCCCGCCAGCAUCGUCCCCGUCAGCAUGGCACCUCGGCUGCUUCCAUCUCCAAGUCUUCACCCUAGUCAGUACCAGGCACAGUUCGCCCAUCAGACUUACAUCCCUGCGUCUCCCUCCUCCACGGUCUACACUGGAUACCCCCUGAGUCCGCAGAAGGUUAAUCAGUACCCCUACAUCUAGAUCUCUGUGGAGGAGACCGGAGGGAAGGCACAGACUAUUAGAAAGAUGGCGGCGCCUGCUGGCAACUUUUACACUUCAAAGGAUAAAGUCGACUAACAUUUCUUCCUCUUCAUUUGUUGGACGUCUGGUGGCAUGAGGCCGCCCAGCCAGGAGGAGAGGGGGCACCUCUGGGUACGAUGGACCCUCUGGACUCCUCCACCAUCUGUUGGGGGUUGGACCUUGCCCACGUUUGAUUCUUGUCUCUCCUCUGGACUGUCGGGAGGGGGCGCCGGACGUUUGCCGGAGGAGCCGGAGAUGCUGUAUUUAUUGAUCUUAGACUUUUCGGAUACUCGCCAGGAUCUGGUGCCGUAGAGACCUAGAAGCUUAUACAGAGUCUAUAGAGUUAGGGAUCAUCAUGUGACUCUCUCUAGUUUUUAAUUUCUGGAUUUCAUUUUUAGUAUCGGCAGAGACGUUGCGGUGGAUUUGCACUCUGCGCCAAAGGGAGACCCCACUUAGUUUUUUUUUUUUUUUUCCCCUCCCACCCCUCACCCUAAGCCCCUCCCCUGCUUUUAUAAUGAGGGGGGGCGGGGUCACUCUGGAUACCUCUACAUUUGCACCGCUCUUAGGUUCUCGCCCUCCCCCCUCGCGUUUUAGAAGGUGGUUGUUUUUAAAGUUUUACCAUGGUCGCGAUUUUUUUUAAAUACCCCAAAAAAAAAACAUGAAAAAAGGACAAAAUAAAUAAAUAAAUUUCCGACAAUAAUUAUGAUAAUAAUUAUUAUUAUUAUUAAAAGGGAGGGGCACGGGAGUAAAAAAAAUAAA